ACCGGAACCCGCCAAGGCAGCGUAUCGCCGUUUGACUAAUCCUACUUCUUGGCUUGAUUCCGCGCCGGUGGCACCGCAGCGCCGGGUCUCGCAAACAAAGCCAUCUUAAAAGUUCGGCGACCUCUCUACCCGCCCUGCCGCCCGAAGAUCUCGCUCCCGCUACCCAUUGAAGAUUUGAUCUGCCGAGUUGAAAUAGUCUUAAGGCGAAGGUCCGCCACCUUUUCCGCGCUGACGACCUAGUUGCGAGAUCCGCACGAAGACUCCGCACAAGUGAAAUAGCAGAGGUCGGAAAGAAAGAGCCCCUAUUCCAACAUACAAAUACCAACUUCACACGCAAACCCGCACACUUCCUUCGCAAUGUUCGCCCACAAACUCAAACGGGAUGCACCAACCCGUCCCACCUCCGAAAUGCCCCUCCCCUUCCUCCCCUUCGUCUUCCUCGCCCACUUCACCCAAACAAUAACCUCCGUUCUCACAACCGAAGCCCACCGCACAACGGCAACCCUCACCUCCCACCUCGAAGGGCUCCGCCUCCAGGUCCGCGGUCCAGAACACAACUUUCACCACUUCCCCCUUCUCCCCACCGAACUCCGCCUCAAAAUCUGGCAACACGCCUGUGACCAACCGCGGACCCUCCUCGCAACUCACGCCCCGAACCCAGCCUUGCUUGCCGUGAACCGCGAGGCGAGGUACGAGGCCCUGCGGCGGUAUACCCUCAUUCGGCUAAACACCUGGGGCGACAGGCGGAUCUACAUUGACUUCCUGCGGGACAGCAUCACCGUCGUGGAGGGCAAAGGCGGCGGCGGGUUCCCUAUCCGCGGGGCAAGGCAUGUCAUCGUCGUGUGCGAGGAGCCGUUUCGGAACCCGGGGUCGUGGCUGAAGUGUCGGUACCGGGCUGGGUUGGAGACGUUGACGCUGGUGUUGAGCGGGACGAAGACGGGCGGUGGCAGGGUUCUUGCGCCGCUUCCUGAGAUUCGGGAGUUGUGUACCCCCGAGGAGGUUCAGGCGAGGCUUGGGUACGAGAAGGAGGAGGCGGAGAGGAUAGGGGAGGAGGUCAGGACGUUGGCGGAGGGCUGGGGGAAGACGAAGAUCCGUGUGGGGCAGUUUGUCUAGGUUGCAGAGAGGCAGAGACGACGACGAAGGAGGAGGAUGACAGCGUAAUGAUCUUAUCCGACACGACA